AUGAAUGCCACAUACGCACUGAGAAGACAGGAGAUCGUUGAAGAGGAGCCACCUGUGGCCGAAAUGAGAGUCAGAUGGCCUGCCCUUUUUACUGAAAGACAGAUCGCCAAGGAAUUCACCAGGCUCACUUCAAUGGACAUCAAUAAAUUCUAUGAGGGUCUGGACAGCCAUCUGCAUAAACUUCUUCAGUUAUUCCGGUUGAAGCGCUUCGAGGAAGUUCAAGACAUGACAUCCUUAAUGGAGAGUCUCGACAAGGAUGCAUCAAACCAAAGGAAGAGAGCAGCAGCUUUGCAGGGACUGCCAUGGUACAUGAAGGAAAAUCCUUCUACAUUAAUGAAGAGAUGUGAGCCAACAGAUCCUGGGGAGGACUUCAUCAAAGGAAUGGUGAUUGGAAUCCUUUUGGUUGUUGAAGAUGUGAAAGAGCCCCUUCCAGUUUCCUACAACGAUGUUGCCAUUGUCAUUGAGGAAAAGAUUGUCAUGCGUCAUCUUGGUGAUGUACCCAAUGCUUUUGUGAACCUGAUGGGCCUGCUGUACAUGCUGAACCUUGACUAUCCAAAAGAGAUGAAAUAUACUUUUGAGGUGAUUCAGCGCCUGUUCAUGGGAAUCGGGUCUGAGAUGUGCACUUCCAGGGUUCACUCUCUAAAGAAUAAACUGCUCAGUUAGAGGGAUAACUCAGGAGGAUGUUUCUGCAUUUGGCCAUGAGGAAGAAUUCUAAUUUUCUUGCCAUUUGCUAAAAAAGUUUGUCGAGACAAACUUAAAGUUUAAAUUAGUUUAAGUUAGCUUAAGUUAGUUUAAAGUAGUUUAUAGUUUAAAGUAGUUUAAAGUUUAAAUUAGUUUGAAGUAGAUAGAAAAACGAGUUUGUUAGUUUAAAUUUCACACACAGGCACGCUCACUAACUCUCUCUCUUUCACACACACACACACACACACACACACGCUCACACACACACUCACUCACACACACACACACGCACA